UUAAAAUAUUUACACAGGUGGUACCUUUAUGUUACAGUGGCAACAGCAUUGUGUAAUGUAAUCACUCUUUGUGGCGUUGAAUAUAGAUGACAGAUGAGAACCUCUGGGCGCUAUGACCCAGCAGAUAGCCUAAUCUUCAUGAAAGAGGUUAAAAAAAAAAAAGAAAAAAGAAAAAAAAAGGCUGUGAUCAGUGGCGCUUGUUUGAUGUCAGAGUCUGUAUAAAACCGAGACUUUCGGUUGGCUCUCCAUACAUCCACAAGGGGCCCGAGGAGGCGCAGCUCUGGAGAACUUGUGCCCUACAUGCGGAUUAUCUGUGGCAUCUUCCCAGAUGUUGGAGCAUCAGGACGCACUGCUCAACGUUUUCACAGAAACCCUGUCUGUUCUCAUGUGUUGAGCGCAAUCCCACGUAGGACGUUUCGUUUAUGGCUAAAAGACGGAAAAGUUUCAAGCCCUGCGAUGAAUGGAAAUUUGCGUCCACAUUUUCCCACCUGCGCGUUAAAACCUGCGUUUUUUUAUAUUGACCGGAUGGCACGGAUAUUACGACGUUCGCGGAGGGGAAGGGUCCCUUAGAUAUCAGACAUCAGAGUGUGAAAUGAAACAUGCCAAAAAGUGACCAAAAGUGAUGGAGCUCUCCGGCCAAGUCGAGCCAACUCUGCCGCUGAACACCUCGAACGACAGUUUUGUCACAGGCGCACCAGCUGUGGAUGAGAGCGCAGAAAGCCUCGCCUAUCAGGUCAGCCUGGCUGUGGUUCUCUCCGUUAUCACACUAGCCACCACUUUAUCAAAUGCCUUCGUCAUUGCCAUAAUUUCACAAUCUAAGAAACUGCAAACUCCCGCGAACUUUCUGAUCGCCUCUCUGGCCGUCACCGACCUCCUGGUGUCUAUUUUGGUGAUGCCCAUAUGCGUCCUGUACACGGUGAUCCACACCUGGACCCUCGGCCAGAUCGUCUGCGACAUCUGGCUGUCCUCGGACAUAACGUGUUGCACCGCGUCCAUCCUCCACCUGUGCGUAAUCGCCUUGGAUAGAUACUGGGCCAUCACGGACGCGGUGGAGUACUCGAAAAAGCGCACGACGGGACGCGCGGCCGGGAUGGUGGCCACAGCCUGGGUCAUCGCCAUCUCCAUCUCCCUGCCGCCUCUUUUCUGGAGGCAGGUGAAGGCGGAGGAGCUGACCAGCUGCAGCGUCAACACGGAUCACAUUUUCUACACCAUCUACUCCACUUUCGGGGCUUUCUACAUCCCCACAUUGUUACUGAUUGUCCUCUACGGACGGAUAUACGUGGAAGCUCGGAAGCGCAUCUUGAAGCAGUCCCCCAAGAAAGUGGGGAAGAGACUCACCUCUGCGCACCUGGUCACCAACUCCCCCGGAUCCGUGGCGUCCACAACCUCUAUGCAGUGCGGGAGACACGACACCCCGUCCAGCGACACCGGGUCGUCAACAAGCGAGAACCAGGUGAAAGUCACGGUCUCGGAUGCGCUUUUGGAGAAAAAGCGCAUCUCAGCAGCCAGAGAGAGAAAGGCGACGAAGACUUUGGGGAUAAUCCUCGGCGCUUACAUCGUUUGCUGGCUGCCGUUUUUCAUUUACACCUUGCUGGUGGCCACGUGUGAGACGUGCUUUAACCCCGAGUUGUUUGACUUCUUCACCUGGCUGGGAUAUCUGAAUUCCCUCAUCAACCCGAUCAUAUACACCAUGUCCAACGAGGACUUCAAGAAAGCUUUUCACAAACUUAUGCGCUUCAGAUGCUGCAGGUCGUGAACUGUCCAUUCGGGGUUCAGAAAUAUUUAUUUCUAUGUCUUUAAUUAUUUUUUCUUAAAACGUGUUCAAUAAACGUGACAGUGUUGGGUAAAGACAUGGAAUAUUUGCAGGUGUUUGCACAAAUCCUGACACUUCUGCGCACGGAAAAAAAAAUCAUCUUUUAUUUGGCUCAGUUAAAAAAAAGCAGUUUCAGUAAAAUUCUUCUCCCACAUUCGUAGGAUUAAAUAAAUUGAUAAAAAAAAAUACAUGGCAUAAUGAGGAAAAAUGCAUAAAACCCUUAAGCAUGAUAGCUUGAGCUCAAUUGUGAAUGUGUGUCAUUUAAGAUAAUGAUGGAGUAGAACCACUCACACUCACUGAGUACCUUGAACGUGAACUCAUUUUGAUUGGCAUAUCCAGCUUUGCAGGAGGAGGAAAUGGUUUGUUGAGUGGUUCUCUAUAGAUAGUACAGAAUGCAGAGCACAAGGAGUUAUUCCCAUGGUAUAACUGACCCAAUAAACAGAGUAAGCAGCAGGAUUCAUGUGAACAUCUGUCACGAAUGUAUAAGUCAUUAAUAUAUAUUGGGUGAUCCAACAUGUGUACAAAUAAGAAGUCUUUUUUUUUUUUUACUCAUGGAAAAAUAAACAUAGGUAUAUAUUUUGA